AUGUCUACAUUAGAGGAGUUGGAGUCGCAGCAGCUGCUAGGUGAUGAUGAGGUUGACCAGGAGAUCUUAAACUUGCCAACUUCAGAGCUACAAACUAGGACCAAGUUGCUAGAUAACGAAAUCAGGAUAUUUAGAUCUGAACUUCAGCGGUUGUCGCAUGAGAACAGUGUGAUGCUAGAGAAGAUCAAGGAUAAUAAAGAGAAAAUAAAGAACAAUAAACAGUUGCCGUACUUGGUUGCCAAUGUUGUAGAAAUUAUGGACAUGGAUGGGUUGGACGAUACAAACGAGUCCGUGACUCAGGGAGGCAAUUUAAACUUGGAUAAUGCGGCUAAGGGUUAUGCUGCGGUAGUUAAGACGUCAUCUCGACAAACGGUGUUUUUACCCAUGGUUGGAUUGGUCAAUCCUAAGAAAUUGAAGCCGAAUGACUUAGUGGGUGUGAACAAAGAUUCUUAUUUGGUUUUAGAUACACUACCUUCUGAGUUUGAUUCCAGAGUCAAAGCUAUGGAGGUUGAUGAUAAGCCAACAGAGACGUAUUCCGAUGUUGGUGGUUUAGACAAGCAGAUUGAGGAAUUGGUUGAAGCAAUUGUAUUGCCGAUGAAACAGGCCGAAAAAUUUAAGGAUAUGGGCAUCAAAGCUCCUAAGGGAGCGUUAAUGUAUGGCCCUCCCGGUACUGGGAAGACAUUACUAGCAAGAGCGUGUGCUGCACAGACAAACGCUACCUUUUUGAAAUUGGCUGCUCCGCAGCUAGUCCAAAUGUUCAUAGGUGAAGGUGCUAAAUUAGUCCGCGAUGCAUUUGCUUUGGCAAAAGAGAAGGCUCCGACCAUUAUAUUCAUUGACGAAUUGGAUGCAAUUGGUACUAAGCGUUUUGAUUCCGAAAAGUCUGGAGAUAGAGAAGUUCAAAGAACGAUGUUGGAAUUAUUGAACCAGCUAGAUGGAUUUGGUUCUGAUGACAGAGUCAAGGUUUUAGCUGCAACAAACAGAGUAGAUGUCCUGGACCCUGCACUUUUGCGGUCCGGUAGGUUAGAUAGGAAGAUCGAGUUUCCAUUGCCAACAGAGGAUGCAAGGGCACAAAUUUUACAAAUUCAUUCAAGAAAGAUGACGACAGACGAUUCAAUUAACUGGCAAGAGUUAGCUAGAUCCACUGAUGAGUUUAAUGGUGCGCAGUUGAAAGCUGUCUCCGUAGAAGCUGGUAUGAUUGCUUUAAGGAAUGGACAAUCUGUGGUUAAGCAUGAAGAUUUUGUGGAGGCCAUUAGUGAAGUCCAAGCCAGAAAAACUAAAUCCGUAUCGUUCUACGCUUAA